CACCUCUUGACAGUUCCAAUUCUGGUUCCCUAUUUAUUUUUAGAUCUCAACACCCAACACCAAUACACUUGAAUUCUCCUGAACCUGCUUCUUUGUUUGAUGAUUUUGUUCCUUAGAAAACCACGUGUUUCUAUCCUGAACCACCUUCUUCAACUCUCUGAACUCUCCCAUCAAUUUCCUAAAAAACAGAAAGAAAAUAUCUUUGUUCUUUUCACCUUUAAAUUCAAUGUUAUUCGAAUCCCAAGUUUCCCUUUUUUGAUUUUCUCACGUCCCUUUUGAAGUUUUGAUCUUUGCUUCCUUUUUUGUCAAAAAAGGGUCCCUUUUUUUUCCCUCACCCAUUUCGAUUUCUAUAUUUUUCACUAAAAGUUGUCAUGAGCUGGUUGGGAUCAUUGGAUUCUUGAUGAGAAGGGGGAAAAAAGUAAACUUCAUUAUGAUUUUAAUUAAUAUUUAAUAAGGUUAAUGAUGAUUGCCCUCUAGGUGUUUGAUACUGUGUCUAUAAGUGUGGUUCAUCUUUUUCUGUGUUUCCUGGAAGAAGAACUUGGCAUUUUUGAACAUGGCUUCAAGGGUCUCUCCAAAUUCAAAUUGUUGGCAACUGAGAACCCCUUGUUCUCUAUCUCAUUCAUGGAAGGCACCGCGUUCAGUUCCUUCUCUGCCACUGGCAAGUUUCACUCGUAGCAAGAACAGUGCCAUCAUGCCAUGCCGUUUGGUUCAUGGAUUCACAUCUCCAUGCAUCAGGAAUUUGAGGGUGCAAAGAGAAAAUCGUGUCUGCUGCAUCCCUUUUCACCAUGCAGGCGCCAAUCAUGAUGAUCAUGGUGAUGAGAAUGAAAAGGAAAUGGCUUUUGUCGUUUCAGACAAUUCCAAAAAUAGAGAAGUGAAUAGCUUUUUUUCCAUGAAGCCUGAUCUUCUGGAACCUUCUCUUCUGGGAAUCCAGCCUGAGCCACCUAGCUGGCCUGAGAGAGAAGAGAUUCUGAGGCUGAGUUUUGAGAGGAGAGUGAAGGGUGUGGGGAUUCCCUUUUCCAUUAGGAUGAUCAGGAAGAAGCUUCAAUUGCAGAAGAGUUUGAAGGAGGCAAGUGAUUUGAGUUAUUGUUCUGUAAACAAGGCCUUCUCUUCCAUGUUGUUUAUCUUCCACCAGCUUCAAAACUAUGCCUUGCAAACAAGGGAGAGCAUGUUCCUUGAGGACUUUGAAGGUGUCAUGGACAAGUUGAGGGUUGACAUGGAUACUUCAUUUGUGUGGCUAUUUCAACAGGUUUUCUGCAAGACCCCAACUCUAAUGGUCGAUGUCAUGGUCCUAUUAGCCAACUUCUCUGUCUUCUCUAUGGCACAAACUCCUCCUUCCAUGGUUACAAACAUUCUACCAUUGAGACAUUCAGAACAAGUUGGUGUUGAGACUCAACAAGACGAGCAUAGCAAGGAUAAAGGAUUGGCAGAGGAAGAGAUGUUGUGGCGCUCCAUGGUUGAAGAAGCUUCAAUUAUGCAUAAAGGGCUAGAUAAUAAUGAGGUUUUGGACCAUGAAACAAUGAAAAGAUUUGUGUCACCUCUGUCUGUGGAGCUUCAAAGUGAUCAAUAUGAGGAGUAUGUCACCACUGAUCUGUAUUACCAAAAGCAUUUGCGCUUGUCACCACAUAAUUCUCUUCUGCUUUCCAACUAUGGACACUUCCUUUUCCUUGUUGCUCGUGACAUUGAUAGGAGUGAAGAGUACUACCGGCGUUCGGUGCUAGCAGAGUCGCCGGAGGCUGAAGCAUUCAGCAGAUAUGCUGAUUUCUUGUGGAUGGUAAGAAAGGAUCUUUGGGCAGCAGAACUCAGAUAUCUUCAAUCAUUGGAAGCAGAACCGGGCAAUACUUACUAUAUGUCAAAGUAUGCAAGUUUUCUUUGGAACACAGGUGGACAAGAUAACACGAGCUUUCCCCUAGAAGAAAUAGACAAUUUGCAACUAUGACAUUGUUGACCAUAUGAUUCUUCAUCUUCAUCAUCAUCAUCAUCUUAGAUGAGUGAUGUGUGAAUAUACACAGUUUGAUGAUAGCAUACAGACACAACUUGUACAUCCAACUUGCUUCUGAGAUGUGUAUACCCUUGAUAUUUUUGGACAUUCACCAAUAGAAUAUUAGUCCAAUCUUUAUUUUGUUUAGUUAUUUAUGUAUUUUGGAAAUGAAGAUGUUUAUCUUGGCAUAGUUACUUGAGUUUAUGU